GUUCCUGGAUUUCGUUCGCCCCCUAGAGGCAUCUGCAAACCGCUUGGAGUCGCUGUACCAUGCGUUGACCAGCAGGGGACAAUGCUGCCAUCGCGGUAGCACAGGCUGGAUCUGCUCGUAGUGCCACUUUUCUUCGAGUCCCUAAGGUACUUCCGGUCAUACGGAACUUUAGUGCAGCCAGACGCGCAGUGCGGGGACUCAAGAGUGUAAGGCGCCAGGAGUUACUACUGGCCGCGUUGGUGUUCUGAAUUGAGUUACGGCGGCAGAGGGAAAAUGGAGACGAUUCUGGAGCAACAGCGGCGAUAUCAUGAGGAGAGGGAACGGCUCAUGGACGUCAUGGCCAAAGAGAUGCUCACUAAGAAAUCCACGCUCCGGGACCAGAUCAAUUCUGACCACCGCACACGGGCCAUGGAAGAUAGGUAUAUGGAAGUCAGUGGGAACCUGAGGGAUUUGUAUGAUGAUAAGGAUGGGUUACGAAAGGAGGAGCUCAAUGCCAUUUCAGGACCCAAUGAGUUUGCUGAAUUUUAUAAUAGACUCAAGCAAAUAAAGGAAUUCCACCGGAAGCACCCAAAUGAGAUCUGUGUGCCAAUGUCAGUAGAAUUUGAGGAGCUCCUGAAGGCACGAGAGAACCCAAGUGAAGAGGCACAAAACUUGGUGGAGUUCACAGAUGAAGAGGGAUAUGGUCGUUACCUUGAUCUCCAUGACUGUUACCUCAAAUACAUUAACUUGAAGGCGUCUGAGAAGCUGGAUUAUAUCACAUACCUGUCUCUUUUUGACCAGUUAUUUGACAUUCCUAAAGAAAGGAAGAAUGCAGAGUACAAGAGAUACCUAGAGAUGCUGCUUGAGUACCUUCAGGAUUACACCGAUAGGGUGAAGCCCCUCCAAGAUCAGAAUGAACUUUUUGGGAAGAUUCAGACUGACUUUGAGAAGAAGUGGGAGAAUGGCACCUUUCCUGGAUGGCCGAAAGAGACAAGCAGUGCCCUGACCCAUGCUGGAGCCCAUCUGGACCUUUCUGCUUUCUCCUCCUGGGAGGAGUUGGCCUCCCUGGGUCUGGACAGAUUGAAAUCUGCACUCUUAGCUUUAGGCCUGAAAUGUGGCGGAACCCUAGAAGAGCGAGCCCAGAGGCUGUUCAGCACCAAAGGGAAGUCCCUAGAGUCACUUGACACCUCCCUGUUUGCCAAAAAUCCCAAGUCAAAGGGCAUCAAGCGAGACACUGAGAGGAACAAAGACAUCGCUUUCCUAGAAGCCCAGAUUUAUGAAUAUGUAGAAAUUCUUGGGGAACAACGGCAUCUCACUCAUGAGAACGUACAACGCAAGCAGGCGAGGACAGGAGAAGAGCGAGAAGAGGAGGAGGAAGAGCAGAUCAGUGAGAGUGAAAGUGAGGAUGAAGAGAACGAGAUCAUUUAUAACCCCAAAAACCUGCCCCUCGGCUGGGAUGGCAAGCCCAUUCCUUACUGGCUGUAUAAACUUCAUGGCCUAAACAUCAACUACAACUGUGAGAUUUGUGGAAACUAUACCUACCGAGGGCCCAAGGCUUUCCAGCGGCACUUUGCUGAAUGGCGUCAUGCUCAUGGCAUGAGGUGCUUGGGCAUCCCAAACACUGCCCAUUUUGCUAAUGUGACACAGAUUGAAGAUGCCGUUUCCUUGUGGGCCAAGCUGAAACUGCAGAAGGCAUCAGAACGAUGGCAGCCUGACACAGAGGAAGAGUAUGAAGACUCCAGUGGGAAUGUUGUGAAUAAGAAGACUUACGAGGAUCUGAAAAGACAAGGACUGCUCUAGUGUUCACAUCGGUGUUGGCUGUUGGACUUGCCCAGGCUUCUGGAGAUCGCCUUUUUCUACUUAUGAAAUGCUCCUAAGGACUCGGCUACAUAGCCUGUGGCCUGGCAUGCAUCUUAUAGAAGCAAGGCAUGCUGGAGAUUGCAGGAUGGAGAUGUGAUUUAUCUUUGUUUUAUAUUAAACAGGAUUCUGUCAGAAAAUGAAACUAG